CUUUCCUAAUACUCCCUAAUUUAUUCCGACAAUUCGAACAGCAUCGGCCUCAGCUCCUCGGAAGCAAACACCCCUCUUUUUCUCUGCAACCCAGACCCAAAAUUUUCCCAACUUGAGCUGAUAUUUUUACUAAAUUCGGAAGCAAAUCUUUCCCUGCAAAUCUAAUCGGAGGAUCCGUGUGCAGACAUGGCGGCUCCGACCAGAAAGAUCUCAGCUGCAUCCGCUAGGGCUCACACCCGAAAACGGAAGCAUUCCACAUCGUUCCCCCUUCCGCCAGGGAUUUUUAAAAAGAUUUCAGCAGUUCUGUUGGUGGCUGUAAUAGCAUUGGCGUGCCAGGCAAUUAAACCUCCACCAUCUGAGAUUUGUGGGUCUCCAAAUGGUCCUCCGGUUACAUCGUCCAGAAUUAAGCUUAAGGACGGAAGGCAUCUGGCCUAUGCAGAAAGCGGGAUCCUAAAGGAGAGGGCCAAACAUAAGAUAAUAUUUAUUCAUGGUUUUGAUUCAUGCAAAUAUGAUAUGUUCCCAUUAUCUCAGGAAGUGAUUCAAGAAUUAGGAGUCUAUGUGCUAUCAUUUGAUAGAGCUGGCUAUGGGGAGAGUGAUCCAAAUCCAAAGCAGUCAGAGAAAAGCACAGCUCUGGAUAUUGAAGAACUUGCUGACCAGUUGGCGGUAGGAUCCAAGUUCUAUGUGAUUGGAUAUUCGAUUGGAGGAGAGAUUAUCUGGGCAUGUCUGAAAUACAUACCUCACAGGCUUAUGGGAGCAGCUAUAGUCGCUCCAUUUUCUAACUACUGGUGGCCUGGUCUUCCUGUCAACACAUCAAAAGAGGCUUAUGAUCAACAACUUUUACAAGACAAGUGGGCAGUCCGAGUUGCUCAUUAUGCCCCUUGGUUAGUAUACUGGUGGAACACCCAAAAAUGGUUUCCUGCUUCAAGUGUUGUAGGUCAACGAUCUGAUGUUGUCUCUACACAAGACAAGGAGCUCUUACCCAAAUUAGAAUCUAGAGAUCGCUAUCUGUAUCAGGCACAAGUAAGACAACAAGGAGAAUUUGAGUCAGUCCAUCGUGACAUGAUAAUUGGUUUUGGGAACUGGGAAUUUGAUCCUUUAGACCUCGAGAACCCAUUUCCAAAUGAGGGUUCGGUCCACUUGUGGCAGGGUGCCAAGGAUAUGAUCGUGCCAGUUACACUGGCACGUUGCAUCAGCCAAAAGCUUCCUUGGGUUCGCUACCAUGAGCUUCCAGAUUCUGGCCACAUGUUCGCAUUUGCUGUUGGUAUGGGCGAUUCUAUUGUGAAAACACUUCUGCUCGGAGAUCAGUAGCUGCAAGCCUGCUGUGACUGGCUGGCCUGGCCUGGCCUAUUGUUCUUGUAAGUCUCUGUACUUGACGUCUCGGUUGUGGUUUUUGUAUUUUGAUUCCCCUUUGAUACUAAUCAAGCAUGUUGUUCCAAUGAGCUAUACUAGCAUUUGCAUGAAUUGUUCUCUUGAUGAGAUUUGUAAGCUAAAAUGGAAAUAUGCAAUUUUGGGGUGAUAACAUAUUGAGAUGAAGCUGGGUUAAUGUGACAA